AUGGCAGACGCCUCCCCCCAAUCUCCUUCGGUGAACCUGCUCUCCGCUACUCUCUCUUCAGCUUCCUCUCUCGUCUUCCUGCAAUUCUUCUCCCGUAUAUUCACGUUCGCUCUCAACCAAGCCCUUGUCCGUCUCGCGUCUCCGCAAACAUUCGGCACAGCCGCCAUACAAUUCGAGCUUCUGCUUUCUACGAUCCUCUUCCUCUCUCGAGAAGGAGUCCGCAAUGCUCUUCUUCGUGCGCCCCCAUCUGUGUCCUCCAACAAGAAAGGCUUACGCGACCUUUUGACUAAUAUAUCCCUCCUGCCUGUUUUCCUCGGCAUCCCCGCUGCUUUUAUCAUCGCUUCGAUCUACACCGUCGCCAGUGCCCCUUCCACUGCCGCUCAACCUCACUUCCAUCUCAGCGUGGUCAUAUAUGCUGUCGCAGCCUCGCUCGAGCUGUUGGCAGAGCCCCUACACAUUCGCGCGCAAAAUGAGCUGCGUUUCAGUGUACGCGUCCGAGCCGAAGGCGCCUCGGUCCUGCUCAAGACACUUGUGACGUUUGCUGUACUCGCUUUCGGACCGCCGGACUGGGCGCUCCUCGCAUUUGCGUUGGGGCAGGCAGCAUACGGAAGUACCACUCUCGUUUCAUUUCUGCUCGUCUACGGCAGGCAGAGCCGAUAUCUCCUCAAAACAGUCAGCAUGGAGGUCGUGUAUUUUGAUCCUGAAUUGCUUCAUCUAUCGCGUGCGAUGACUGUCCAAUCUGCUGUGAAGCAUUUCUUGACCGAAGGUGACAAAUUCUUCGUUUCUCGCCUCAGCCCGUUGGCAGAUCAAGGCGGUUACGCUAUUGCCUCCAACUACGGUUCCCUGGUUGCCCGGAUCUUAUUCCAGCCUAUCGAAGAGACCUCCAGAUUAUUCUUCUCCAAAACCCUCCCGACCUCUUCUGACAAAGGUGAAGCCAAAGCCAAGGACGCCAUCCACACCGCCGCCCGCAUCCUCCUCGGUCUCCUCCUUCUCUUCACCCACCUUCUUCUUCUCCUCUCGACCUUCGGACCGCCCUACCUCGCCCUCGCCACGACCGUAUUCCUCCCACCACGAUACCAACAAACCUCGGCGCCCAUCAUCCUCCGCGCGUAUAUCUACUAUAUUCCUACCAUGGCGUUCAACGGCGUGCUCGAGGCGUUCCUCGCUUCCGCGUGCACGCCCGCUGACCUGCGCGCGCAGAGCCGCUGGAUGGCCGGCGCGUCGGUCGGGUUCGUUCUCGCCGCCGUCGGACUCGCGCGCGGGCUCGGGUGGGGCGACGCAGGCUUAGUGUACGCGAAUAUCGCGAACCUGGGCGUGCGCGCGCUGUACGCGUGGCUGUUCGUCGGGAGGUACUUCCGGGCACGUGGGGCUGGGAGCGUGGUCGGGUGGAGGGGUGCGGUGCCGCCGAAACGGGUGCUGGUCGUGUUCGCGUUGGCUGCUGGCGUCACGAGGUGGAGCGAGAGGGUGUAUCGGGAUGUGCCGUUGUCCAUCAUUGCGCAGAGCGGUCACGUUGCGGUGGGUGGAGUGUGCGCUGUUGGAUGCCUACUUGCAUGCUUCUUUUUUGAAAAGGCAAAGAUUGCCGAAGUCUCUGCUGUUCUUCGGAGACGUUGAAUAUUUAAACGGGUGCAUCGUAACGUCCUGGAUCAUACCAGAUGGAUGCUGCAUGGCUAUUCGCUCCGCUCAUCAUCAGGUGUGGAUCCCUUGUGCGACGACUUGCUCCUUUCACUUCGCAGCGUCAUCUCGAUGAUUCAACGUGCUAGAUCUCGCUACAGCAAUUAUACUACAAGAUGCCUCAGAGAAAUCCAUGUAGUUGAGGUCGCAUCAAUUCAAGCAUAGAUGAU